GAAGUCGUCAAUCUUUGCCAAAUUUUUUCAUUAUUUUUCGCAUGGCAAUUAAUUUUCCUUUUGCAUAAUAUUUGUAAAAAUUGGAGUUUUGGACGCUUUUUUUAUUUAAUUUUUCAUUAUUCGACAAGAAAUUUCAUUUUUUAAAUAACAUAUGCACAGAUAAUUCCACACGCGCUCAAAUAAUAUUUUUGAGAAAUAAACCACUUACCGCUUCUUAUGAUAUCAGUGAUACGUCCGUAUGGUGUCUGUUAGCUCAAAUUGUGGCGACAGUAUUCUGCAGACGUUAAAUAAUUUAAUAGUUGGCAAAGAUUAAAUAACCUCAAAAACACUGUGAAACACGACUAUUGCGAAUCUGAUCGUUUCCCGCGUGAAAAAAGUUGGCGUCAGCGUUUUUCGAUGAGCGCGUGCAUCACGUUCAUUAAGAGAAAAAAUGAUUUUAACGCUCUCCGCAAUGCCAUCGUGUGUGUAUUGGAUCAACUAGGUUUUAAAAAUUAAAAAAGAUAAAUUGUCUCGUGACGUAAAAAAAUAAUAAAAUACGUUGAAUAGCUAAUUUUCGUGUUGCUUGAUUUUUUUCUGAUAUUCCCUACUAUUAUUUUUUCGAUUUUAAUUAUAUUUUAAUUUGUUUAAUUUAAUAACUUCAAAUUAUCAUCGUUCGAAGACGUAUUUUUAUUUCUGUGGUAGACAUGAUUGCAGCGUCAUCUGCUGUGCGAAUCGAUCACUACUACUAUUGCUUUUGCUUUUUGCCCGCAGUAGCGCUUCGCUCGCAUCUAGUCAUGCCUGUCGGUGAUAUAAUUUAAUUCCAAUCUGGCGCGACAACGCUUUGGGUGUGUGCGGUAAGGAGACAAGGUUCGCUGCAUCUAAAGCAUUGCUCGCUAUAGCAUGUGUCUACACUCCUUUUCCAACACCGCACUUUCUAUCUGAGUUUACUCGUCAGUGUCGGCAUGGCGAUUUUGAAGAUGAUGAUGAUCUUUUUGUGCGUUUUGACUGGUUUUGGGAUGGUGUCAUCGCUUGAGUUUUACAAAACUCAAGGGAUGACACGUUGUGUUGCCAAUGGGGAUGAAAAACUGGACUUUGUGCCAUCAUCCGUUGCUGCUAGGAGCACCGCAAUUGGACAGAUCGCAUUGACAAACUGGCGUUUGAGCAGCAUCUUACACACGGAUGUCGAUCUGAAAGCCUACUCAAAUUCGCGCCUGUCAAACGAAAUGGGUCUCUACAAGGACGAUGUUGAGCUGGGAUGGACGUCUGAAAUGUUGAUGAUGAAAGCAGCUACACAAGAGUCGUGGUUGAAAGUUGGUAGACAGACAAUGCACUUUGGACAGGAUACCACGAUUUGGCUGAUGAAAAGUUCCGGCUAUUGGAGUGUUUUGGGAGGUGAAACGUCCAAGAUGCGCAUCCGCCAAGAUGAUGAUCGUGUCAGAUUCAGCGGAAUGAGAGUUUCUGAUGCCCCUCUCUUUGUGUGGUAUCCGUUCAUGCCAAAUACUGCUUUGAAUGCUGACGCUGAUGGUGUUGCAUUUUUCGAGGCAACCGAUACAAUCGCGGCUGUGGGAGUUGAGAGUCCUACCGGCUUGAUAUGGUUUGAAAAUGAUGUUCGUUUGAACAAGUUUCACGUGUGGAAGGGAAAGAGUCGACUGAUGGUCAAAGAACGCAUCCACAGCUUUGACAGCAGAGUGGUUGUGUACACCAACAUUUUCAAGACAGAAAAUGAUUUGGAAUCUGGCGGUCAGCAAGCUGUAGGCUGUCGCAAUUCAAGCACCCAAACAAGAAACAUCACGACCGAUUGUCCCUGCUAUGCGUGCAACGUGCUAUUGUGUGUGUGUCGCGACUGCUUGCCGCUGUACAAUAUCCGUGAGUCAUCGCAUGAAAACGAUAUGUUUGCUUCCAUACCGUCUUUGGAAAAUAACUCAAACUUCACAGAAAUGAUUAUGGAAAACUCAACUAUCGCCACUAUCCUCUCGGAAACGACCCCUACAAAGGUUGAAAAUUCGACCACCACCACUGACCUCGCGGAAAUAGAUUCUAUGGAAAAACACAAUACAACCGAUUUCCCCAUUCUGGAAAUGUCUACCGAGACAAUAACCGAUUCUUCGUCAAUCGUUUGGGAAGAAACACUCGCGUUGGAAACGACUACAUUCACUACGUUGUUUACGGAAACAACACCGCACCCCUUAGAGAGAAGCACCGAACCUAUCACUUCUAUGAAAGCUAUCGUUCCGCCCCCACUUUCAACACACUCGUCAACCAAAAUUCCAAAUGUGACAAACGCGGCUAAAGGAGAACCAAAUACAACCGAUUUGCUCAUUCUGGAAAUGUCUACCGAGACAAUAACCGAUUCUUCGUCAACCGUUUGGGAAGAAACACUCGCGUUGGAAACGACUACAUUCUCUACACUGUCUAUGGAAACAACAUCGCGCCCCUUAGAGAGAAGUACCGAACCUGUCACUUCUAUGAAAGCUACCGUUCCGCCCCCACUUUCAACACACUCGUCAAGCAAAAUUCCAAAUGUGACAGAAGUGGUAAAAGGACAUGCUAUUAUAGCAAAUUGUGAAAAUUGCAGCGAAGAAAACUCUAGUGUAGCGAGUUGUUGCGUGUCAACUAACACAUCAUCUGAUUGUGUAGCUUGCGAUCUGGUUGAAAGUAGUCUGACGAAAGAAAUAUCUUGCAAAAACUGUAGCGUCAAUGCGAAAACCGAUCAGAAUAUUGAAAGGUUUGACAUGCACGUUGAGAUGGUUAAAAAGCCACCGGUGUUGGCUAAAAUUGACAUUACCAACUCUACUCUAACGAAACAUGUACAAAACGAUGAUCUGGAAAACAUUGAAAGAUUUGACGUCAUUAUUGAGAUGGAACAAUGGCCUCCGGUCUUAUCAGAAAUUUUUGUUGUCGGAAAUGAUGAUCGCGCAAACGCAAGUUUUGUAAACACACAUUUCGAAUCAAAAAAUGAUGAAAAACCACCGCAUUCAGAGUCAUUGCAGGAACUGUCUCCGACGACAGAAUCGAAACUUUUUGUCGGAAAUGAUGAUCGUGCAAACGCUAGUUUUGUAAAAAAAAAUGAUCAUUUUGUAAACGUGCAUUUCGAAUCAAAAAAUUAUGAAAAACCACCGCUUACAGAGUCAUUGCAGGAACUGUCUCCGAUGACAGAAUCAGAACUUUUUGUCGGAAAUGACGAGCGCGCAAACACAAGUUUUGUAAAAAAAGAACAUUUUAUAAACGUGCAUGUGAAAGCGAAAAAUGAUGAAAAACCACAGCAUACAGAGCCAUUGCGGGAACUGUCUCCGACACCAGAAUCAGAACUUUUUGUUGGAAAUGACGAGCGCGCAAACGCUAGUUUUGUAAAAAAUGAUCAUUUUGUAUACGUGCAUUUCGAAUCAAAAAAUUAUGAAAAACCACCGCUUACAGAGUCAUUGCAGGAACUGUCUCCGAUGACAGAAUCAGAACUUUUUGUCGGAAAUGACGAGCGCGCAAACACAAGUUUUGUAAAAAAUGAUCAUUUUGUAAACGUGCAUGUCAAAGAAAAAAAUGACGAUAAAAUUUCUAACACACCACCUGCAGAGCCGUUGCAGGGACAAUCUCCGACAGACAGCCCGCUGAGGGGUACGACUUUGACGUCCUCAAAUGACAUGACGAGCACUCCACCACCAGUCAAAAUGAUUGACCAACAGUUCAAACACUUGCGUGGAAUUUUGAUUGGUGUCUGCCUGUUGCUGACUGUCGCGUUCUUGCUUGCCUUUGGUUUUGGCGUUUACCAACAAUUGCGUAAACAAACUCUGGCCAAGCGCUUUGUGGGUGACUGGGAUGAAAGAGGUGAAAGAUUUGAGGCGGACGAGAUUGGUGGUGAAGGACGAGAGUUGACGGAUCAAAAUGGACAGGGGUCAGAAGAGAAGGUUGAGCAAAUUGAAGUUGUUGUGCAAAGGGAGGCUGCAGACGUUCCCUUGUCCGAUUCCGAGGAUGAGAGUGCUCCACCAAGCAAAAAAAGACGCAGAAGUCAGCGUCUGGCCAGAAAAAGGUGUUAAGAACACAUACCUGGAAAAAUUUGGGGAGUCCAUUUCUUUGCGUCCAGAGGUUCAGAAUGUUUAGUCGACACAUGUUGAUGUAGAAAUGUCUGUCUGGUCAAAAAACAUUUUUGCUUUUUUUUCGUUUCCCUGUAUGGAGGGG